AUGCAUGUGCGGGGAGCACUGUGUGCGAAUAUUCGGGGUGUGCCCCUGAUGCUGUGGCUUCUCGACUUCGAAGCUCAACUCCGACGGGUAGUUGAAAAGCACAAGAGCGAGCCCCUUCCGUCCAAUAGUUCGCCCCUGCAACCUGAUUUAUCCUGUUACCUCCCGAAACUGUCUGAUAGAAUGAGAGGAUUCAGGGUGAACCCCGGUGAUAGGAAGAGGAUCGUGUACAUCAAGGGGAACCAAGACAUGUUGUUGCGACACAUUAAGGAGCCUAAGGAUGGAGACUCGGAUGGUCCCACGUUCGACGUUUGGGACUCGGGAGUCGACCUUCGCAUCACCCCGACCAUACCCCAGACGACGACGAAACCCCCGCCCCCCACCGCCCCAUCUGGCCCAUCGCACGCAACAGGCCCGACGGGGACAGCGGGUUACUCUCUUGAACAUCGCCCUGGUACGCUUGGAGGCCCCCAUUGGAGGGACCAAACCCCAUUCUCAAUCAUCGAUCCCGCCACACAACAUCAACAGCCUCGUACUAUAGGAAGACAGCAAGGUUGGCAGACCGAGUCGACUCUCUUCAACGCCACCGUUCCUACCUUGAACGAACGGCCUCACCUAGUCGCCCAUCCGGGCCCGCCUCCGAUGUAUAACGAUGGUUCGUCCUGGCACCCCAUUACUCCGACGCCUGCGGCCCCGCACUCUGCCCUGGGUGUGCCGCCGUACGCACAGGUGGCGCAACACCCACCGAUGGCGCCUCACGUCGCCCCGGCCCCGAGCAGGUCAUCCGUCUCCGGCGACCACCAGAACCCUACCCGCCGUCCGCCUUCUCACGCGCGCUUUCAACCAUAUACCCGCACGCCGCACCAGUCCUCGCGCAAGCGGUCUUCGUCGCAGCCCUAUGCCGAUAUCCUCCAACGGGACUGGGGCUAUACGUCUAUAUACCCAGAGCACGCUGAUGACUGGGCAUCGCAGCAUCCCGCGCCCUGGGGACCGCCCACAACAGGAACUCAUGUGCAAUGCGGCGGCUGCGCAGCAUACCGCGCCCCGGAAUCGGACGACUAUUCCGGCCUUCGCCUGACCAUGGGCGACGCUUCUGAUUUCCGGGCGCACACCAAGCUCCAGCUCGGCGCACCCGGGCGCGGACGCCACACCGCCCAUGUCUUUGGACUACGGUUCGAGCCGAUUAGCGCCCUUGCCAGAUUCCACGUCCUACAGGCCGGAAGGGGCUCUAAAAUACUGCUGGAGGACCAAAACCGUGCCAAUGCCGAUCAUGGUCGAUCAUUUGCCGCUUCUGCGAUGUUGACGUACGUCCACGAUGUGCGGGAUGCGCCGGCAACGACUCCGAGCCUCGUAGGCGUCUCUUCCCAACUGAGGGAUAUCCUCCCGCCCUUCGGCAAGAGCAACAUCGCGAGACAACCUCCGCAGGCUCCCCUUAUACAUCCUUACUCGCAGAGCCCCGCUCACACGGGUGGCUGGGCUGAAGAAGUCCAACAUCCCGUAGCCGCGUUAGCUCCGCCCGCAUAUGCGCAGACGUCCGCAGCCGACGGUGUCGCACGCGCCGACAAGGUCCAACUUCUCGCCGGCACUACCUUCACGGCGCAGAUGUACGAACCUACCCCAGCCUACAUCGCGCGCCCAGAAGAGUUAUACGCCACUUCGCCAUCAUGGUCCCGACAGUCGGCUUCGACAUUGAGCUCACCAGACGCGAGACGCAAGACGGUCACCCACGCCCCCCAAUCCCCCGGAUCCUGGAACAGCACGUACUCUGCACUUGAGGACGCGGUGUCUUUUCCUGGAUCUAGUGUAAUCAACCCAUAA